AUGCUCCCCAACUACAACAACCACUGGCAAGAAGCCAGAAAUAGAAACACUAAUCGUCAACCAAACCAAUAUCACGUACCCUACAACGGCCCUGUCUUCCAUCGACCUCUACCACCUACCAAUCGCCGACCACCAACCAACCCAUCCAGCUAUAUCCCACCUCAUCGCCGACCUACCUACAACACAGCCUACCAAUCAAGAGGUAACCAUCGACCUGACCAACAACAGAAACGACUACCAGCCCACCGACGCCAACCAGUCCCCACUCAUAAGGAGGAAGAACCCUUUGUGAAGGUGUUCUUCCAAGUUUUGCAGUGCCUCCAUCAUUUGGCAAUCCUUACCCUUCAACAGCAAGGCCAACCAGCGUUUACCUUCAAACGCAAAGUCUCUGAGUUGGAUAGUUUUAUCCGUCCAGCAAUGAAAACAUCAGCUGUCGACGCGAAUAUUAGAUCCCUCAAUCGGACAUGGCUCUGUAAGGUUACGCAGGUCCUGAUCGACCAUUACCAAACCACACUUCAAGAGAAGCUGACCACCAUUCGUACCAAGUCUUUAUCAUCACCUGCCGUCGACCGCAUCGUUUCUCAUGCCCUGUCCUGGGCCCGUCGCUCCUAUGGGAAACGUCUAACUCAAGCUGUAAUUUCCAAAUUCUACCAAACAAUCAACGAAACAAAAACCAGAGUAACCAUAUCUCUACCAACUGAAAUGGACACUACACCUGCACCAUCUAGAGCUACCACGCUGCCGAACCAAACCCCUAAACGAGCCCGAAGUUCAUCUACUCCUAGUCCAGCAGACAUAGGUAAACGCUCUCGUAGAGAGGGCACACCCCUUCUCUUUUCACUUUCAGACUCGUCUUCCCCUUCCACACCAUCUGAAUCUUCACCACGUGAUCCAGGAUCCGCCAACCUUUCUUCCUUCUGUGCGUUUUUGGACCAGCAAACCACCCCUCAGUCUCCAUCCAAGUCGAGACGUGUAUCCAGACCUUCCCCUCCUCGAACCAGAUCCCAGUCCGUUCCCAAUGCUACAAUUCUAACAACUACCAAACCAGUACCAAUCACACCGUCGACGACCAUUAUAUCCGCUACCAAACCGUAUUAUCACCAAACCAAGGACAAAUGA